UCUCCCAAGCUUUUGAAUUGUAUCACUUGGUUAUCAACUACAAUUCAUGUCAUCUACUAUCCUCCAGUCCACACGAGUGAGUUCUCAAUCCACAUUGAUCUUACUAUAUACUUGAUUACUCACUCAAAAGCAAAGCACAGAAUUUAGCAAUGGAUUCGAUUCUACUUUCAAUAUUUUUGUUAUUCCUAACAAUUAUAGUCCCCCUUCAAGUCGAAGCACAUAAAGUUGGUCACCGUCUUCCACAAAUCACAGUCAUGGGGAUCGUCUAUUGUGACAUUUGUUCCAAUAACACCUUCUCCAGGAACAGCUACUUCCUACCAGGUGCUGAAGUGAAAAUAGAGUGCAGGUUCCAAGCAACUUCUCCGAGAACAAACGAGCAGAUAACAUUUUCAGUGAACAGAACAACCAACAAGCAUGGGAUAUACAAAUUAGAAUUAGCAGCAAUCGACGGAAUCGAAUGUGCGAGAGAGAAUGCAAUAGGGAAUUUAUGCAGGGCAAGCUUGAUAAGAAGCUCAAAUCAUGCAUGCAAUGUUCCUGGCUACAAAAGCACCACGGAUGAAAUCACUAUCAAAUCACAAGCAGCAAAUCUCUGUAUCUACAGCCUCAAUGUAAUGAAUUUUAGACCAUCGAAAACAGAUAUUGCUUUGUGUGGGAAUUAGACUAGUACUACUGCUUUCCAACUUUCCCUCUUUGUAAUUCAUUCUUACCUUGUUAGAUCUAUGCAUUCUUGUUGCCUGCGUAA